CUUCUCACUUCGACCUCAGUUGCGCCCCUCGCUUCGCACUCGGGGCACGCGCCCAGCAUGACGACAUAUCCCGCCUUUCUCCACCCCGAUGCAGGCGCACAUCUCUCCGUGCGGCUCAACUUUGCGCCGCCCGCCGCACCGCAGCCCAGCGCUGGCGGCGUGCUGCACGUGCCCGUGCCGAGCGCCAGUGCGCCGUGGGUGCUGGAGCGUCCUGCGGCCUCCUCGGCCGAGGGCGCAGCGCAGCAGGGCGCAGCUUGGCGCGGCGAGCGUGCGCCGGCAAAGGAGACGGACUGGGUCGCGACGUGGGAUGAGGAGCGGCAGGCCUAUCUGCUGGCGCCGCUGCAGGCCACCUACACGCUGCGGCAUGACCGUACGCACUCUACGCUCUCCUCACAGGCGCGCGAGGUGCUCGCCGAUCCUCCUGCACCGUCGCCGUCCACCUCUACCCCGGCAGCAGGCAGCUCGCGGCCGCGCCGCGCAGCCGCAGGCCGCAACAGCGCUGGCGGCAGCGGCAGCGGCACGCCGCUGACGGCGGACAACAGCGGCAAGACGAAACAGCCAGCACCAGCAGAGCCGGAGAGAAGGUCAUCGCACGAGCGACGCGCUUCGGCUACUACGACGCGCAAGCGGGCGCUGGCGACGCUUGACGCUGAGGCGGCGGACAAGGAGGCUCCGACUGCACCACCGCCGCGCGAGGCACUGCGCCGCAGCUCUCGAGCAAGCGGCGCGGCAGCGAGUGCGGGGCCUGCGUCGGUGGAGAAGACGACGCCCUCUCGCUCUGGCGCCGCUUCGCCGCCGAAUGCGCUCGUAGCGGAGACGCGCACGUUGCGCCCGCGGGCCACUGGCGAGGCAAGCUCGACCGCUGCACCGAUUGCGGCGCCUGAGCCAGCCGAGGCCGGGGCCAUGUCCGACAGCGACGGCGCCGAGGAGUCAGACGACUCGCUGGCGCGCCAGCUGACGGCUGCGCUGGAGCAUGCGCACUCGGACGAGGACGAGGAGGAGGGCGCAGCCCUGUCAUCACGCGGCGUGUCGCCUAAGGCAUCUGCCGGGGGUCGCAACGCCGCGCUGGAGCUGACGGCGCCUGACACACCUGGCCGACCAUCCGCCUCGCUGCCAAGUCACAGCCAGAGCCAAGCAGCCGCAUGGGUGCCGCCGCCCACGCGCCGCACUGUGCCGGCGUACGCCGACGAGGAGGACUCCGGCUCGGAGAGCGAGGAGUGGGGGUCGGGCGAAGAGGAGGAAGAGGAGGACGACGAUGAUGACGAGGACCUCGUGGCGUUUGCCAAGAAGCUCGAGGAGGAGACACGGGCGCGCGAGCGCGGCUGAUAGCUGCGCUCAGUCUGAUGCGGAAACACACUACAUACCCUACACAUGACCCUCACGACGAAUCCAUCACCUGCUCUGCCU